GGCGGCGCAGCUGUUUCCGCUGCUUGUGUUCGGUGUGGCUCAGUUCGGCCCGGUUCGGCCCAGAACAGACCUGCAGAAGUUGCAGUGUGCACGCGCGUGAGGAACCAUGGCGGCCCCUGCUCUCUCCGGUCGGACCGGUUCUGGUUCUGGUUCUGGUUCCGGUUCGGCGGGCAGCCUCGGGAACAGCCCCACCUCGGCCGCAGGGAGGCUGCAGCACGGCGGCUCGGGCUGCGGGCCCGAACUGGACUUCAGGUCGGCGGCCCGCAUGGAGGACCUGAACCGGCUGAUCCAGGAGUUCGGGAAGCACGACCAGAGGGAGUACGACGACCAGCGGGCCCUGGAGAUCCACACGGCCAAGGACUUCAUCUUCUCCAUGCUGGGGAUGGUUCAGAAGUUGGACCAGAAGCUCCCAGUGGCCAACGAGUACCUCCUGCUUUCAGGAGGUGUCCGGGAAGGUGUGGUAGACAUGGACCUGGACGACCUGAGCGUCUACGCCCGUGGCACAGACUACGACAUGGACUUCACCCUGUUGGUCCCGGCUCUCAAACUCCAUGACCGCAACCAGCCAGUAACCCUGGACAUGAGGCACUCGGCGCUCGGCCACUCCUGGCUCAGCCUCCGUCUCUUCGACGAAGGAACCAUCAACAAGUGGAAGGACUGCUGCACCAUCGUCGACCACAUCAACGGCACCACCAACUACUUCUUCUCUCCCACUCUGGUGGCAGACUGGUUCUAUCAGUCCAUCUCCCUGGUGCUGCUGGAGGUGCAGAAGAAGCCACAGAGAGGAAUGCCGAAGGUGGAGAAGGUGGAGCGGAACGGGACCAUCAUCUCCGUCAUCCUGGGCGCCGGCGGCAGCCGGAUGCUCUACGACAUCGUCCCUGUGGUGUCGUUUAAAGGCUGGCCGGCCGUCGCUCAGAGCUGGCUGAUGGAGAACCAUUUCUGGGAUGGGAAGAUCACGGAGGAGGAGGUGAUCAGUGGCUUCUACCUCGUCCCUGCCUGCUCCCACAAAGGCCGCAAGGAGAAUGAGUGGCGCUUGUCGUUUGCCCGGAGCGAGGUGCAGCUGAAGAAGUGCAUCUCGUCCAGCCUUAUGCAGGCGUACCAGGCCUGUAAGGCCAUCAUUAUUAAGCUGCUGUCCCGCCCCAAAGCCAUCAGCCCCUACCACCUCCGCAGCAUCAUGCUGUGGGCCUGCGACCGCCUCCCCACCAGCUACCUGGGACAGGACGACUUCUCCGCCCACUUCCUGCUGGGUCUGAUUGAUGACCUGCAGCACUGCCUGGUUAACAAGAUGUGCCCCAACUACUUCAUUCCUCAGUGUAACAUGCUGGAGCACCUGUCAGACGAGACGGCCAUGCUGCACGCCCGCAAACUCUCGUCGGUGCGCUCCGACCCUGCUGAGCACCUCCGCACCACCAUUGAGCACGCCAAGGCUGCCAACAGGCUGACGGUGGAACUGCAGUGGCGAGGCAGCUCCAACAACCUGCCGUCGCCGCAGUCCGACGCCAGCGGAGACAACCAGCCCGACGACCGGCUGGCCAAGAAGCUUCAGCAGCUCGUCACGGAGAAUCCUGGGAAAUCCAUCUCGGUCUUCAUCAACCCGGACGACGUCACGCGGCCGCACUUCCGCAUCGACGACAAGUUCUUCUGAGACUCGAGAGACGUUCCCCCAGACCUCCUCACCUGGUGCCCCGCUGCCUUUGAAACUUUAUUUUUUACUUUUUUUAUGUUCCCUGUCACAAUGUGAGGUGAUCGUGUUGUCUGCCACAGUUUUUUAUUGGUUAGUUUUAUUUUUGUAUUCCCAUCCCCCGCUCCCUCCUCUCUCACUGUGUGCCCUGUGUUUUCUACCUGCUGAAUGCCUUUUAAACUGACCGCUGAGUAGCAGCAGGCGGUUUUAAAACUGACGGAAGGGACAGAAAUCCACCUGGAGAUGGAACUGCUGGUCCAUUCUGGAACAAAAUGAAACCCGUCAACUCCUGAAAAUACCGGGUUUGUUU